AUGAGGCUUUCCAUUCUGCAACCCCAGCCGCAGCGCUGUCACCACCCCAUAAAGCGCUCGCCCCGAAUGGACGCCUCCUUCCACCGCCGCAAGGACAAGGUCGUCGUCAUCAUGGGCGCCACCGGCUCCGGCAAGUCCCGCCUCUCCAUCGACCUCGCCACCCUCUUCCCCUUCUCCGAAAUCAUAAACUCCGACAAAAUGCAAGUCUACCGCGGCCUCGACAUCACCACCAACAAGAUCCCCCUCGCCCAGCGCCGCGGCGUCCCCCACCACCUCCUCGGCGACGUCGACCCAUCGCUCCCGGAGUUCUCCCCCGCCGACUUCCGCCGCCGCGCCGGCCAACUCAUCACCGACAUCACACGCCGGGAUAACCUCCCCAUCGUCGUCGGCGGCUCCAACUCCUUCGUCCACGCGCUUCUCGUCCAAGACUUCCACCCUCACUCCAACGUCUUCAACCACCACGAGGGGCUUAUAUCCUCUGAGUUGAGGUACAGGUGUUGCUUCCUCUGGGUCGACAUAGCUUUCCCUGUGCUAUCGCAAUACUUGCGUGACAGAGUCGACGACAUGCUUCACUCGGGGAUGGUCGACGAGUUGGCUCAGUUCUUCGACCCGGACGCUUCGCGUCCAACCGGGUCUGGUCUGAGAAAAGCCAUUGGGGUUCCCGAGUUCGACCAGUUUUUUAAUAAGUACCCACCCUGGGCCGGCCCUGCGGGCCCGGGCGAGGGUCCUCUGCGGGAGCGUGCGUACGAGGAAGCGGUGCGGGCGAUCAAGGAGAACACGUGUGAGUUGGCGGAGCGUCAGAUGGGGAAGAUCGAACGGUUGAAACGCGCUGGGUGGGACCUACGGAGGAUCGACGCUACGGAAGCAUUUCGAGUGGUGGUGACGUCAGGGUCCAACAAUGGGUCCGAUGUAUGGGAGAGACAGGUGUUGGAACCAAGCGUGAAGAUUGUGAAACGCUUCUUGAUGGAGUAG